AUGCAUUUUGAGCUUAGAGAGUUAGAAAAUUACCAAGAUGCCGGUUCUAUGAGAGCACAAUAUUAUAACGAAACACAUGGCGAAGAUGAAAGCGUAAUUCCCGAGUAUUGGGCUGAUUUAAGGUAG